UAUAUAGACCUCACUUCCAGCUCCACACAGCACUUCAGUGAAUCUAAAACCCCAGACAUGGAUGACCCUCGACAAAAUGGCUCCACACAUACACUAAUAUCAACAACACUUCGGUAACGACAAAGGACUGAUCUCAAAUAUAUGUGUCUGUGUUUGGAGAAUAUUUACGCAUUCCCAUGAACCAUUAUACAUAACUUAUGUAAUGGUAAUCAUACCUUAGAUAGGUUAAUGUCCUCUAUAUCAUUGAUGAAGGUGGUUCUAUAGUUAUGUCGAUCCUCUCAACGAAAAGUUAAAAUCUAUACUGGGGAAAACCGAGGGUUUUAUAGUUAAAAUCAUUUAAAAGCCUGCAUUGGCGUAGCUUAAUUAUUUCACAACCGAUUGCACAACUCACCUCGAUUAUAAAAAUGUGCACAUUCAAUUAAUAAUAGUACUCAUACUAAUACUACAACCACCAUCACCAUCACCACCACCACCACUGCUUCUACUACUACUACUACUGUUACUACUACUACUACUACUAAUAAUAAUAAUAAUACCAAUACAUGUAUUUAUUUGUUGGAAAGCAAUACAACCUAAAUUUAUUUCGAGAUCAAAUUAUAUUCACGAUUACAGCUAUAGCAGCGGUUUGUUGGAGAACAGGAUUUCCCAAACAUUUUCUCUUGAUUUGACGGCAUCAUCAACGCUCAUAUUUACUGUAAAAGCGUGUAGUACGUGGGAGAAUAUAGGCUACUUAGUGGAUAUUUCAAUAUGUUUCAUCAUAAUUUCGCUAGUCAUAUUGCAGAAAACGCAUAAAUUAAUAACAUUAGUUCAACAUUUGAAUGGAGCACAUGACAGAAUGAAAUUAUAAUGAGGUCCAUCAAAACAAAGAUCAUCUUGAUUUUGGUCGUGUUUAAUUUUAACGCAAGUUAGCCUUUUAAACGAUGUUGUGGACACAAACGCUAGUCUUUCGAACGCAGUGCAAUAGUGUUAGUAGUCUUGUUUAAUUAAUCAUGACAGUGUAUAUAAUAAAUAUGUGAGAAACAAGAAUACUUAAUUAAUCACCGGCAAUUACAGAAUGGUGUCAUCUGCUCAUAUUAAAUGCUGAAGAUAUUUUCAAGUAUAGUUAAAUACAUUCGACUUGUGCAAAUACCGUUUGUUAAGGCAUUGGUUGUUGUUCAGUGAAAAUGUGUAUUUUCAUUACGAGUAAAACUGAGGACACGAAAUAAAUAACAGUUAGACGCUGUUGGUAGGCCUACUGGAACCUGCCCGACGACAGACGACAUUCACAGUUUAACAUAAAAUAGGCACCCUAAUAGAUACAAAAAUGAGCGUAUUUCAAAUAUCCAAAAACACGAAACGAGAGCUAAGCCUAUCACAAUGCCACUUAAACGGUAUGCUGAUUAUUGGGCAGAUGCAAGAAUGUAUGGAACUGAUAAAGUCCCCACUCCCCUUUCGAAGCACUGUCAUGCAUUUAUCAGUAGCAACAUUUAAAGUCUUGUCAGGAAAUUAUGUAGGUCAAGUUCAAGUUUUUUUUUUUUUAAACUCACUCCAACAUAGAAUUAAAGAGGAUUCCACAAGACCCACCACUGGCCUACUCUUAGAACGGGGCUUCUUUACAAACGAACAAACAAUAUAUUUUUGAAUGUUUUUCUUGCUCAUAGAGGGAGCAGACAGCAGAGCAUUGUCGUAGUUGGAGAUAAGACUGUAGCUAUCUUAGUUCUUUAUUUGGCAUAUAACAGGCCUCUCAAUUACAUAAAAAUUAAUGUAAAUUGUCUAAUUCCAAGAAUAAUGCUAACUUUUAUAAAGUUUCUGUAAUCAGUCUGAAUAGAACGCAAAAGUAGCUGUAGUACAUUCAAUAAUACAUGGAAGUUACUAAAUAAUUCGUGGAUCUAAUUAACCCUUUAGGUCAGAAAUUCUUGAUUAGACUGCUCUCAACUGAACAUUAUAAUGCUGAUGUAACAAUCACUACUUGUGACUGAAAUCAACUGAGUUCUAGAAUACUGACUUAGAAUUUUUUUAAAAAUAUUUCAAAACAAUCUACUCUUAAAAUGGUUAAUGUUGAUAUAGGCUGCAGUCCCCAUCAUGCUGCUGUAGCCUAUACAUUUACUGUGUAGUUGCAUUUGCUCAAACAUUGUGCAAAUACAACUACGCGGUAUGCGUCGGGCUCUGCAGGAUUGAACUAGACUUUGUUGUACUAUGAUGAGGCAGGUCACGAUGUGUGCGCACAUGAUAUUGUAGACUACAGUCAGUGACUUUAGGGUCAAUCUAACAGGUGAUGCACAGCAAUUGAGCUCGUUUUAUUAAUUAUUUUAAAAUAAGAGUUUAACGUUGGGAAUUGUAAACACACGUAUUCUCUUUUUCCCAGGUGACAUCGGGGAUAGUGUAGCCUACUGUGGAGUGUUAGGGUCUAAGGGCGAGGAUUGUGUUUUACGCAUUCGUACGUUUCCUAAGCUAUACAUAUAUUGUAUAUUUUGCGGAAUACAAUUUGAUAAACCAUGAAAAUGAUGGAAAAACUGAAACCCGAGUUCGACGAGAACAGUCCUGGGGGAGAGGCGUGUGGGUCACCACGGCACGGCACGACUUCUACAAGUCUCGUGGUGGAAGGGGGUGAUGUGUGCGAGAAACAGGAAGGCACGACAGCGGUGGACUCUGCAGAGAGUCAGCGGAGAAGCGAGACUGUCCCAGGGGACCACUGCAAAGGGACUGUCAUCAUUAAUGGCGUUACCAAGGAAACGGCUUACAACACCAACGAGCUGAAAAAGGAAGUGCCAGUGAUCGAGCUGGCCAGGAGAGGAGGGACCGUGGAUAUAAAAACCAGGGAGCAUAAGGCAGACAGCAGCCACAAGGUGCAGACCACCGAACUGUGCAGACCUCCUAUUCCCCUGCCGCUGCCUCCCCGGGACCCGCUGAGCGAAACUCGAAUGGUGCAAUUGAGUCCUCCCGCUUUCCCUCUCCCGGCCCGAGCGAUGCUGUACAGUAACAUGGCGCAACCGCUCGGCACCCUGAACAGUGGCUUUGGCGGUGAUCCGGACCAAUACGGCAUGUACCCCAGCAAUCGGGUGAAACGUCGACCGGCGCCUUAUGAGGUUGAAAUCAACGAUGGUUCUCAGCCCAAGGUCGUGCGCAGGAUUUUCACCAACAGCCGGGAGCGCUGGCGCCAGCAGAACGUGAACGGCGCCUUCGCCGAGCUCCGCAAGCUGAUCCCCACCCACCCGCCCGACAAGAAGCUGAGCAAGAACGAGAUCCUGCGCCUGGCCAUGAAGUACAUCAACUUCCUGGCCAAGCUGCUGGACGACCAGGACGACGUGGUGGGCGGCGAGCCGGGCUCCCGGGCGCGGGAGGGGCGCGAGGCCGCGCUCGUCCGGGAGGACCUCCUCCAGGGGAUGCUGUCGCCCAACUCCAGCUGCGGCAGCCUCCUGGACGGGGACGGCAGCCCCGAGAGCUCCGCGGAGGAGCAGGACUCCUCCGUGGAGUCGCGCCCGGGCCCCCGCGGCCUGCGCCACCCGGGGCUCCCCUCGGACGGAGGCGCCCGCCGAUGAUGGCUCCGGCGGGGGACUCCGACGCCAGAGCCCUCGGUCACCUGGAGAGAAAGCCGCACGGAGAGAUGCAGUGGGCGGGGCUCCAACAUUUCAAUGGCGCGGACUUCUACUGGGACACUCCCGAAAUCAUGUUGUAGCUCUCGUUUUUCGUUAAUAGAGUCUUCUGCAUCCCACCCAGCGAAGAUAAACAAAAAGGCCUUGUGGUAGACUCUGGUACAUACAAGAAAAGGGUUUACUCAAAGUUGGUUUGAUUUUGUCUGUAUAAAACCUGCUGUUGUAAGCAGAUAAUGGGCCAAAAGAACAAAAAAAAAAACAAAAAAAACAAAAGACGAGGGGUUAAAGUUGGGGAUAAAUCCACUGAGGGAAGAAUUAACCAGCAACAGAACAAAUGAAAAUGAGAAAAAUCAAAGGCUGGUUUCACGGACACGGAUUCAGCUUAGCCCUAAACGAAAUUGAGUUUUGUAUGGAGAAUCUCCAUCCAAAACAGAAUUUAGUCUAGGACUAGGCUUAAUCUGUGUCUGUGAAACUGGCCCCAAGAGUUUAAAAAUGGUACCUUUUCUUUUUUUGUGAAUUUUCUCUAGGUACACUAUAAAGACAGUAAUUUUUCCAAGAAUUCACUUUAACGUUUGCAACUGACAUUUUUUUUAACAGAGGCGCCACAGUUUUUUAUGGCUGAAAACAGAACAUGUCUGUCUGCACUGGGAAAUUCCAAGUGCCAGCAAUGUGUACUAAAUGGCAUCUAAAAUCAGUUAAAUCAGCUCAUAUUGACACUGGUUAUACUUACUUCUGCUGAAAAAAGAAAAAAAAUGGCAGUGUUCCUCAUGAAAACAUUAUUCUUUUUAAGUGACAAAAAAAACCGUAUCAAUUUUAGUAUUUAUCAAAUAAUGUUUUCAAUGCAAGGGAUACAAGAGAUACUGCCACCAAGUGUACAUAAAAUCUGAAGUGUGUAUCUGUAUUUAAUGAUGAAAGCUGUGGGUUUAUUACUUACCUUUUUAUUGUCCUUUGGUAUGGUACAUUCAGUUUACCACCUCCUAGCUUCUUGGAUCUGUCUCCCUCCCUCUCAUUCAUAUCAUGGUGAUAAAACAAUGGCUCCAUUUCAUUCCAGUGAAUGUUUAUCACUGUAUUUGACUUUAUUGAAUUCUGCUUUUUCUCAGCAGACAUUUGAGUAAUCAGUCUUGGUACCUUCUGUUCCUUUACAUAAUAAACAAAAAAAAAA